UCAGCCAAGUGCCGCCAUCAGAGUCAUUCACAGCCCUAAAACUCUCCUCGACCCCUCAGGAUACUCCGAUCGUGGAAGUUUUCCUUCGAGACUCUCCGGCAGCUCAGAUGGGUCGAAACAAAGCGGUGUGUUGCGGUCUUUCCGCCCUGGAGACGACGCUCGCCGUCCUGUUCGUGCUGAUGACGGCGGUCAGUGUGACGCUCAUCGUGCUGCUGGUCACCAGGGAAUCGGACACGGCGGGGGAGACGGACCCUCCUGCCCCGACCUCUGACCCCCAGCACAGUCCCUACCUGAUCGGGGUCGGCCGGGCCGACUGCACUGGACCACCUGCUGAAAUCCCACUGAUGGGUUACGCUCAGAGCUCGCAGCUGGCUGCAGGGAUUCACACUCGACUGUACAGUCGAGCCUUCAUCGUCGAUGACGGGAGGAAGAGAGUUGUGUUUGUCACGGCCGACGUAGGAAUGAUUUCGCAGAGGCUGCGACUGGAGGUUCUCCGGGCCCUGCGGGUGAAGUACGGGGACCUGUACCGGCAGGACAACGUGGCGCUCAGCGGGACGCACACACACUGCGGCCUGGGCGGUUUCUUCCAGUACACUCUGUUCAUGCUGAGCAGCAAAGGCUACAUCCCCGAGUCCGUCCAGCCGCUGGUCGACGGCAUCGUCAAGAGUAUAGACAUCGCCCACCGGAACAUGAGGCCCGGCAGGAUUUACAGGAAGAGAGGGGAUCUGGGUGGAAGCAGUCUGAACAGGAGUCCUCACUCCUACAUGAACAACCCCGAGGAGGAGAGACACAGGUACGAGACCAACACAGACAAUCAGGUGGUGGUGCUGAAGUUCACUGAUCUGGAUGGAGACGGGAUCGGUAUGCUCAGCUGGUUCGCGGUUCACGCCGUCAGCAUGAACUACACCAACCGAAUGGUGAGCAGCGACAACAUGGGCCACGCCUCCUACCUGAUGGAGCAGGACAAGAACCCCGGAGAGCUGCCCGGACAGGGGGGCUUUGUGGCAGGUUUCUCCUCCAGUAACCUCGGAGACGUCACUCCAAACAUCAAAGGGCCGUUCUGCAUCAACACCAUGAAGCCCUGCGACUACCUGAACAGCUCCUGUCCUGUGGGAGGGACUAAAAUGUGUCAAGCAUUUGGUCCUGGAAAUGACAUGUUUGAGAGCACGAGGAUCAUCGGACACAACAUCUACAUGAAGGCAAAGGAGCUGUAUGCAGAGGCGGACGAGGAGGUGACUGGUUCCAUUCAGUCUGCUCAUCAGUGGGUCAACAUGACGGACGUGAAGAUUCAGCUCAACGACACACACGUGGUCAGUACCUGUAAACCAGCUCUGGGUCACAGCUUCGCAGCAGGAACAACAGACGGAGGAGGAGAUCUAAACUUCACUCAGGGGGCGACUGACGGUGACCCCUUCUGGAACGGGAUCAGAGACGCUCUGGUGGGCCCACCGUCGAACGAGACUCAGGACUGUCAUCAUCCCAAACCAAUCCUGUUCAGCACGGGGGAGAUAAACUGGCCUCUGCCGUGGCAUCCACAGAUCAUUGACGUCCAGAUCAUCACUGUGGGCUCCGUCGCCAUCGUGGCUGUUCCUGGAGAAUUCACCACCAUGUCGGGGAGAAGGUUACGAGCAGCUGUCAAACAGGAGCUGGAGUCUGAUGGUGUGAACAGGGACUGGGAGGUGGUUCUGGCUGGCCUCAGUAACGUCUACACCCACUACAUCACCACCUUCGAGGAGUAUCAGGUGCAGCGGUACGAAGGCGCCUCCACCAUCUUCGGUCCGCACACGCUCAGUGCGUACCUGCAGAAGUACGCAGGGCUGGCGCGAGCCAUCGCUCAGGACGAGGUCUCCAAGCUGCCUCCGGGCCCCGAACCUCCUUUCUUUGAGAAGAACCUCUUUAACCUGCUGAGUGCAGCUACUCUGGACAGAAAACCGGACAACACCAGUUUCGGUGACGUCCUGCAGCAGGUUUAUCCCGUUUACAGGCCGGGCGACGUUGUCUCUGUCACAUUCGUGGCAGGAAAUCCUCGACACUCUGGAGACAUCAGAGAUAAAACUUUUGUUACUGUGGAGAUAUUUGACAACAGAACAGAGACGUGGGAAAUCGUCCACACCGAUGCAUCAUGGGAGACCAGGUUUCACUGGCUGAAGGGUUCGAACCGGCAGAGCAAUGCCACCGUGGAGUGGCACAUUCCCGCCACGGCGCAGGCCGGCUCGUACCGGAUCCAACACUUCGGUCACUGCAAGCAGCUCAAAGGCCUACAAACCGUAAUCACGCCGUACAGCGGUUCUUCCGACACCUUCACGGUCACUCCCAGCUUCUACCACCUGUGACAUCGCUGACUCGCUGAGAGGCCACGCCCCCUGACAAAGGCCCCACCCACUGCCAAAAGACAUGCUUUAUGACAGAAGCCAGGGCCUCAGAAGACAUACCUCUGGGAAGAGGCCAGGUCUCAAAGAAGCCACACCCACUGACUGAGGACACGCCUCCUGGAAGAGGCCACACCCACUGACUGAAGACACGCCUCCUGGAAGAGGCCACACCCACUGACUGAAGUCACGCCUCCUGGAAGAGGUCACACCCACUGACUGAGGACACGCCUCCUGGAAGAGGCCACACCCGCAAAUGACUUUCUUCCUAAUAUUA